AUGGUCUCGAGCGCCAUGUUCCGGCUAGCAACUACUCCCGCCCGCCAUGCGCGGCCAUUGGUGGCCGGCGCUGUCCCACGGGUUCUGGCCGCCUUCGCCCCGAUACCUCCAGCCUCUGCUGCCACGAGUAGGAGGACCAUCAAGAUGAAGCCCAGGGUCAAGUCCACACCAAACCUCCGCCCCGACCCGGAUGCCAAGCAUAAACGGAAAGAGACCAUGACGAAAAUUGUUCUCACCAAGCGUGCGUUGUCCGAGUUCCGGACCAGGCACAGGGAGCUGCAAAUCCAGCAUGUCACCGCCGAGGAGGCGUACAACAUCUACAGCAAGUACCUGGACGCUCUCGCCAACAGCAAGAAGUCGCCAUAUUGGGAGGCGCAGUUUCUUUACGACACAAACGCCACGGCCGCUGCCCUCCACGAGACGGCCAUCUUUGUCUGCACUUUUCCCAACAUGGUGCAGGAGGAGUGGUAUCUCUAUUGCAACCUCCUUAACUCGGCCGCAGGUAUGGGUUAUGAUGCGUCGGCCCUGAGUCUUGCUCGGAUCCUCCUCAAAUCAAAAGUAUCAAAGAACAGCCCCUUUAGCUACUACAACCCGGCGUGGGCCAAGAUGCGCGAGCGCUGCAGCGCCCUCAUCAAGGCUGGCCGCGACGCCAACGCCAUUGUUGUCGAGGGCCUUAUACAUCUGUACCGCAAGACCCGCGACGACGACCACCUGGCCAUCGAGGCCUUCAAACGGGCCGAGGAGGUCGGCAGCGAUGCCACGCACUUUGACUGGUUCGGGACAUGCCUCGAGCAGAUGGGCGAGACCCAGCUUCGCCUGGGUCAGAAAAAGGAGGCCACGAAGACCUUUACCAGGCUGGCGGGUGAGGACUACGCCAAGGGUUACUACCAUCUAGCCCUUCUGAAACCCGAAUCGGAGCACUACUUGUACUGGCUGACCAAGGCCGCGGUUUCGGGGAUCCAGAGUGCGUUCGAGCCGUUGAUGAAUGAGCAUUUGAGGCUGAGCGAGCUGUACGAAGAUGAAGGCCAAAAGAAACUUGCAGAGCGUCACCGGAAUGACGCUUUGGAGUGGGGCCGGCUUCACAAAGAGUGGCUGUCAUUGAGGUCGAGGUCGACAUAG